GGGUCGGCACCGACACUCGCCGAGCUGCUCUCAGAGCUGCUCUGCCUCAAUUUCAGAUCGAUCACAAAAAGAUCCAACCUGCCCGUCUGUGGAGGCGGCUGUGGAGGGGCCGCGUAGGCAGCCGGCGAGCGUGAGCAGCAACGUCACCUCCCGGCCGGCGGCGCGACAAAGCCAGCGACACAGGCGGGCGCUGCUGCAGCGACGGCAGCCGUCGUCGCGUUUGGCCAUCACGUACACAUGGAGGUAGAGUGGCAGCACGAGGAGGCGGCCGCGGCAGCGGCCGCAGCGGCGGCGACAGCAGGAGCGGCGGCGGGUACGCAACCUGCGCCGCAGCAGUCUCCCGCGUCAGCACCAACAGCAUCAGCACUACCACCAGCAUCAGCAGCAGACAAGCUCGGCAGCGCAGCCGCCCCUGCUGCCGCCGCCGGCGCCGCCCCAUCGCCAUCAUCGCAUUCCCCGGCAUCGCGCGGCACACCGCCAGCAGCAGCAGCAGCAGCAGCAGCAGCUGCGGAUCCAGAGGCCAAGCCGCCGCCGCCCUCAGCCGCGGCGCCGCAGACGCCGCCGCACCGACCCAGCCCGCCACCUCCCACGUCUUCAUCCCCACCCUCACCCAGCCCUGGCACCGCCACCACCUCUGCCACCAACAACAGCAACAAUAACAAUAACAUCUUCGACAAAACCCAGCCGUUGCCGCAGCCGCCCACAGCCGCCCCCGCUUCCAGCAUGCGGCCGACGGCACCGCCGCCAAUCUCAACCACCGGCGGCGGCGGCGGCGGCUGCUCGGCGGCGGCGGCACUGCCUGCGGCGGCGCCGCAUGACGCCGCCCAGACGCACGGCGCUGGAGCUGUAGCAGGCGGCGGCGGCGCGGGAGUCGGCAGUAGCAGCAGCGGCAGUGGCGGUAACGGCGGCAGUAGCGGCGGCAGUAGCAGCUCGGCUGGCGGUGGCAGUGGCGGUGGCGGCGGCGGCGGUCCCACCACUCCGCCGGCAUCGACGCCGCCGCCGUCGAGUCGCCCCUCGGUGCCGCCAACGCAACAGCAACAGCAACAGCAACAGCAACAGCAACAGCAACAGCAACAGCAACAGCAACAGCAACAGCAGCCGGCGCCGGGGACUAGUGCAGGGCAGCGCGCGCCAACGGCGGCGGCGGGACUCGCCCCUGAUGACUCACCGCAGGCACGACCCACAUCCGUACCCGCACCCGCCCGCAGCAGCGGCGGUGCUACAGCCACCACCACCUCUGGCUCCACCUUCCCCACUGCCCUUGCCCCUGCCGCCGGAGCCAUUGGCGGCAGCGGCGGCAACAGAACCGCCGGGGCGGAAGGUCUCGGUGGCAGUAGCACGGCCGGCGGCGGCGGCCCCGACGGUUCCCCUCAGCCGCAGCGCCCGCCGCCGCAAGAGCAGCAGCAGCCACAGCGGCCGCAGCAACAGAAGCAACAGCAGCCGGAGCCGUCGCCGCCACAGGAGCAGCCACGCCAGCCCGCCGCCGCCGCCGAGCAACCGGACGCGGCGCGGCAGAUCCUGAACGAGCUACUGUUGAGCCGCGGCGGCGGCGGCGGCGGCGGCGGCAAUGCAGGCGGCGGCGGCGGCGGCGACGGUCCAGCCACCGGCGACAGUGACAUGGCAACUGCCGCCGCGCCGUCUGCUCUUCAUGGCGCUAUUGGCGCCGGCGCUGGCGCUUCUGGGCCGGCAGCGGCGGGCCCUGCGGGCAGUGGCGGCGGCGGCGGCAGCGGCGGCGGCGGCGGCGGCGGCCAGCUGCCGCCAAGCGGCGAGGCGGAGACGGCGCGGGGGACACUGCGGUGGCGGCUGGACUCGGCGGGUGGCGGCGAGCUGACGUGGGAUUUCAAGUCCCCAGACGCCCCGGCAAGCUCCCAACCGGAGCAGCCACAGCCCGGCGGCGGGCCGGCCGGAGCUACAGCCGGCGGCGGCGGCGGAGGCAGCCCUAGCGGCGGCAGCCCGAGCGGCACUCCUGCCGCUGCCACCCGCGACGCCGGAGCAGCCGGCACCGGCACCGCCACCGCCACCGGCGGCGCGGCCGCUCCCAGCCCUGCUACAGCCGCUACAGCCAGACCUGCCGCCGGUGGCGGCGGCACUGGCGGCGCCGACGGCGGCACUGCUGGUACCGGCCCCAUCGGCGGCAGUAGCGGCAGCGGUGGCAGUAGCAGCGCCCUCCCCGGCGGCGCCGCCGCCGCCACACCCUCCGGCAUCCCAUCAGGAGCGCGAGCAGGAGUCUUUGGUGCCCCUGGCGGCAGACUUGCUACAGCUCUGGGGCCGGGUGCUACUGCUGCUGCUGCGACGCAGCCUCAGCCUGCGGCAGGCGGCGCCGAUGCUGGUCCGGCUGCGCCACACCAGCCUGCGCCUGGUACGGUUGGCGGUGAUGCAGGCGACCGCGCCGGCAUGGGUGGAGCUGCACGUGCUGCCGCUGCGGCUGCGACUGGUCCAGCUGCAGAUGGCCCUCCUGGUUCGGCAGGUGGUGUUGCUGGCAUGGACGUGGAUGGUGGCGCCGGAUCAGCUGCUGGUGCUGGCGGCGGUGGCGGCGGCCUAGGGCUGCCCACCUCCCAGCUGCCGCCGCAGCCGCCGCAGCCGCCGCAGCCGCCUUCCACCGCCCUGGCGCCGCCGCUGCAGCUGUCCCGCGAGCCCUCCCUGGGCCACUACUUCGACCACUUGCUGCCACCAGCCGUAGGCGGCGGCGGCGGGGCGGCGGCCGCAGCAACAGGGGCAGUGGCAGCGGCGGCGGCGCCGCCACCGCCGCCCCUGGCGCCGCCGGCCUGGUCUGGUCUGGGGCUGGGACCGGGGCCGGGUCUGGGCCUGCCUUCUAGCGGCGGCGGGCCCGGCGGCGGUGCGGCUGCUGCUCCGGAGCCGCCGCCGCCGCCGCCACGGCCACCGCCGCCGUACGACAGCGGUACGACCUCGCCAACCGCUGGCUUUAUUGGUGGCGGCGGUGGUGCUGGAGGUAGAGUAGGAGGCGGCGUUGAUGGCGGCGGUGGCGGUGCAGAGGGAGGCGGUCGCAGUGGGGGCGGCGACGGUGCGCGCGGUGGUGCAGACGGAGGUGACGUGGAUGGGAGUGGCGGCAGUGGCGGCAGCGGUGGCGGCGGUAGUGUCGCCAGUGGCGGCGGCGGUAGCGGCAGUGGCGCCAGUCGGGCACUGUCCGCCUCCAUCCGGCACCCCGGCGGCACCACCAUCACGCUACAGCUGCCGCAGGGACAGCAACAGCAACAGCAACAGCAACAGCAACAGCAACAGCAACAGCGACAGCAACAGCAACAGCAACAGCAACAGCAACAGCAACAGCAACAGAACGCCGGCGGCGGCGGCGGCGGCGGCGGCGAUAAACCCACCGACACGGCGCUCGAGCCGCCGCCGCCACCGCCAUGCCAGGCGCUGCGGACCGGUGUGGCAGACAACAUGCACGACUUCGCACCGCCGCCGCCAGCCGCUACGGCGACGGGCUUUGCCGCCGGCGGCGUUCCGCCGCCGCCCCGGACGCCGCCGCCCUCUCCUAUGCUGGUGGACGGCGGCGGCGGUGCUGCUGGCGGCGGCGGCAGUGGGCCCGGCCCUGCCGGCGGCGGUGGCGGGGCUGGAGGUCCCGGUGGCGGUGCUGGGUACGUGCCGUCUUCGUCGCUCAUGCAGCAACAGCAGCUGCAGCAGCCACAACAAACGCAGCAACAACCGCAACCAAACCCCUUCAGCAGCACGGCGCCGCCGCCGCCGCCCGCCACCGCGCCAACCCCUGCACCCACGCCGCCAGCGGCUGCAACUUGGGCGGCGGCGGCGGCCCCGUUUCCGGCUACGCAGUUCCCGCCUGCGGCGCCCGCGCCCUGCACGUUGCUCAGCAGCUCUGCAGCUGACCCCUUUAUCGAGGCGCCAUCGGGUAGCAACACGCCUGUCGGAAUUGGGAGCGGCGGCGGGGCUGCGGGAGAGUGGGCAGGUGGUGUGCAGCAGCAUGUGUUUCAGCAGCCCCUGGCGGCGGGGAGUGGCGGGGGCGUUGGUGCCGGUGGUGGCGGCGAAAAGCGCGUUGACGGCGGCGGCGGCGGCGGCGGCGGCGCGUUCGUCCUGCCCUCGGCGGCGUUGGCGGCGGCGCUGUCGCCGGCGGAGGUGGCGGCAGUGCAGGCGGCGGCGGCGCUCAUGCAGCGCGGCGCCGACCCGGCGGUGGCGGGCCUGCCGCCACAGGCCGCCGCCAUCGCUCUGCAGGCGGCGGCGGCGGACCAGCAAGCCCUGGCGGCGGCCGCCGCCGCCGCCGCCGGCGCUGCCGGCGGUGCUGCUAGUGUCAAUGGUGCUGCUGGGGCGCAGUUGCCUCUGGCGGCCCCGUCUCCAGCGGCCCCGUCUUCAGCGGCUGCUUGGGGCGCAGCUCCUGCCGCCAUGGCGCCUGCGGCGGGCCCGCCUGCGUUCCUGCCAUCUGCUGCGGUGACGCCGCCUGGCUCGACGGCCGCAACAGGGCUGCUGCCGCCGGAGGCGGCGGCUGUGUACCCGGCGGCGGCAGAGGCGCCGCCGCCGCCGACCGCUUUCAGUGCACCCCAGCGGUAACAGGUAGGUAAAAUGCAGAGCGACGGACUGGACAACAUCGGAUGCGGCGGCGGAGCGGAGAGACGUCCGUACAUCAGUCCGCUGCUGUUGGUUGGGUGGUGGCCGCGCUGUUGUCCUUUCGACUGCAACCUCCUCGAACUCCUGGGCCGACGAUGUCGGGCGAUGUGGGGAUGGGUUAGGCAUUGAGUCGCUCGCGCGUGUGUUGAGGGCUGUGCCUAGGUGGUUGCGUGACACGGGACCGUGGCUGUGAGCCUGGCGGUAGACACUAGACAGCAAAGCAGCGGGCAAUUGUACACGCUUGACUAGCCGUUCAUUGGGGGCGUCGAGGCUGUCCCCUUUCCUCCCCUUCUCGUGAAAUGUCUGUGUGUGUGGACGCCAGAUGGCAGAUGCUACCAUGUGCGUGCUCGUUGAGUUGAUGGCAGUCGGAAACUACUCUGUGAGGCGCGCGUUCAUACGCUCCCCAUAUGAACUGCGACCAAGGGGGUGGGAAAUUUGGCAGACCCGGCCAAUCUAGGUA